GUUUAGUUCAGAGGGGCGGAGAUGUGUUAUUAUUUGGCUUUGGCGGGCCAUGAACCAAAAAAAGGCAUGUGCUAACAUCUGUUCAAAGAUGUAGCGUCUGACUCACACAAGCGGGCUUGGACCUAAAAAUGACCAACAUACACAAGCUCUUUUGACGUUUUCGAUAUUCCGCGUCGGUGUUGUAGCAGCUAAUCGUUCCUACUUGCAGCAUAACAACAAAGGCUCGUAGAACUAGCAUGCAGUGCAGUGUAGUAGUUUUUGCAUUGGCAUUGGUGUCUGUUGAUAUUAGCUAGCUAGAUAGCAAAGUUAGCAUCUCUACCCUGUCAGAGAGCAUACCAUACCCAUCCGGUUAUCGUAUUACGAGAUAAAUGUACAUGUUCACGUUUUCAUCAUUGACUGUAUACAAAUGUUCAUUAGCUAGCAAAGUGAAAACGCUCACCGUAGCCAGCAGUACUCGACUGAGAAUACAAUGUGAACUGUUUAUUCAAUAACACCAUGUCUUGAAGUUUGUGAUCGUUGACUCGAUACGAUAACAAUACUUCGCCGCCCAGUCUUCAAGAAUGAAUGGCAAACUCAUUCCUCACACCCCAGUAGCCGUGGACUUUUGGCAGGUGCGAAAGUGUGCCCACGUCCGCUUGUUCUUUCUGUCCCACAUGCACUCGGACCACACGGCUGGCCUCUCGUCCACCUGGAGUAACCGCCCCAUAUACUGCUCUCCCAUCACAGCAAAACUCCUCAAACUCAAGCUACGUGUGAAGGACAAAUGGAUCCAUCCACUGGAGCUGGGCGAUCCACACAUGCUGGCCCUGGACGACAUCGGAAAGGAGCGCAUGACCGUGACCCUCAUGGAUGCAAACCACUGUCCAGGAGCUGUUAUGUUCCUCUUCGAGGGAUACUUUGGCAACAUACUGUAUACUGGGGAUUUCCGCUACUCCCCCUCCAUGCUGCGUGAGUCCUGCCUGCGGACACACACCACCAUCGACAUUCUGUACCUGGACAAUACCAACUGCGACCCCACCCGCACCCUGCCAACACGCCAACGCGCCACGCAGCAGGUCAAAGAGGUCAUCAGGGCCCACCCAGGACACAGGGUUGUCAUUGGCCUGUACUCCCUGGGCAAGGAGAGUCUGCUGGUGGAGCUGGCGCUGGAGUUCAAGACCUGGGUGGAGGUGAGCCCUGAGCGCCUGGAGGUCCUGCUGGCCCUGGAGCUGCCCGACGUCUUCACCACGGAGCCCGGGGCGGGCCGCAUCCGCGUCGUGGACCAGGACCAGGUCCGCGCCGCCAACCUGCUGCAGUGGAACCGGGAGGAGCCCACGCUGGCCAUCCUGCCCACCAGCCGGCCCUUGGUGUCGUGCCACCCGAACGUUCACGUGGUGCCCUACUCGGACCACUCGUCCUACCAGGAGCUGGAGGACUUCCUGUCGGCGCUGCAGCCCCUCUCCAUCAUGCCCAUCGUGGGCACGGCCCUGCCCUCCUUCUCCGCCGUCUUCAGCCCCCGCAAGAAGCGCCGCAAGACCGUGGUGCCCGAGUCAGUCCUACGCUACAUGACAACAUGCCCGACGCCCGAUACCCCCCCAGUUCACUGCCCUGCCACUGGGCAGGCGUUUCGGGGGACGCGGUCCGCGCCACCUCGCGGGGUGGUGUUCGAGUCCCCCCGGCGGCCUCGGAAGGUGGUCCCCUCCGACAGGGAGGCCAGUGGCGCAGAGGACACAGACAGCACGCUGAACGGCUCCGACUGCGUCCUGCUGGACAUGGAGCAGGGCUCCAUCAUCGACGUGGAGAGUGACGUGGGCCUGCGGUUGGCCGAGGAGCGAAGCGAGCUGAGCCUGCGAUUGGCCGAGGAGAGAAGCGAGCUGAGCUUGCGAUUGGCCGAGGAGGGAAGUGAGCUGAGCCCGCGAUUGGCCGAGGAGGGAAGCCAGCGGAGUCCGCGAUUGGCUGAGAACGGGGAAGAGUAUGAUAAGAGAGCAGACGUGUGUCCCGGCUCGUUCCACGCUCUUCACGGCCGGGGUGACGGGGCGACACGGACUCCGGCAGCACCCGAGGGCGCCUCGCAAAACAGAAGCACGUCCGUCCACCCGGACCGCUGCUCCUCCCUUGAGCACAUCAGUCUCCAUGACAACGCCUUUGCGACCGCCUCGGCCGCUACCGCCGUGACCCCGCGCAACCCCUCGCAGCCGCCACUCCACAGCCACGCGUCCGCUGAGGACUCUGAGAAGGGGGAGCAAUGGCUUCUGCGAAACCUCGUCUUCCCAGAGGAGGAGCUGAGCCCUGGAGCUGAGGUUGUGGUCGGCCUGGGCAGAAUUUACAACCUGCGCCCGUUAAACACUCCGAAGCGAGUGGGCGAUUCGUUUGAAGCUGCAAUAGAGAGAUUUAAAGCUGCUCUGAGAUAAAAUGUGAACACUUAACUGUAAAUCCGGAAAGAGAAAGAAAAGGCACUUGUAGUAUUACGCAACACUCCACCAUGUACAUAGUGUUAUUGGUAUAAUUGUAUACGUUUGUAGACAGAUGUGCCCCUUGAAUGAGGAAGAACUCACUGUGAGAAGUUGAAUGCAUCCCUGUGCCAGAGAAAAACAAAAACUAUAUUACACGUAUUUAUAUACAGGUUUCCAGUUAUUGCAUUAGCACCUUUUAUCUAGUGAUGCAUUUAUGCCUUUUAUCGGUUAUACAGUGUGGCCAUUAACACUGAGUGUUACUAUGUUCUGUCACAGAGCAUUAUUUAAUGUCUAAAUGCUAACUCCUCUUAUGACUCUUAUUAUGUGCAACCGUAUUCAUACAUUCAUAACUCUGUCUGACCAUGUUGCAUGUGGCCGCUUCAGUUCCCGCGUGCUUGUUGUGAACGCUGCACCGCUGUUGUGCCAGUGGCUGUGUGGUAGAGGAACCUUGAAGAGUUGCCAUGUGUAGCUUGAUAGUGUUGUAGCGUUCAUUUCUUGCACUUGUGCUGCCAAAAUGAGUCCUGGGACAUGAGGAAUGUUGUGCAGUUUUUUUUGCUGUUGUGCCAAAAGCGCUACAUUUUUCACACAAGUGUUUUAUUCUGUGGUGGAUAAAUAAAAAGUGUGUGU